AUGGAUUUCGACGAUAUCAACCUCGACACUGUCGACAAUCUGAGACAGGAAUGGAUCAAGUUGGCUUCCAACUCAAGUGCUGGAAUCUGCGAGCUCGCGAAUCGCUAUCGGCAACGAGAUGACUGCAAGCUAUGUUCCAUGCAUUGUGGGUCGUUCAACUUUAGCUUCCGUCUUAAUUGGGAUGAUGAGGGAGAGGACUGGUUAAUCCGAUUUCCACUUCCUGGAAAAUCCAUGUUCCUGGACGAGAAGGUCCGUAGAGAGGCGGUCUUGAUGAAAUACAUCGCCAGAGAAACCAAGAUUCCUGUGCCGCGCGUCAUCGCUUAUAGAAUGGGAGAUGAGAACCCAACCGGCUUGGGCCCCUAUAUUAUAAUGACCUGGAUUGACGGCAAGAAGAUGUCAGAUGUUUUAAGACAAAACGAUCUCCCUGACAAGCAUGACACUCUGGAUCCCACCAUCAACCCCGAGACACUCAAGACGCUGUAUGGAGAAAUGGCGGAAAUUCUGCUUCAGCUCUGGGGACUCGACUUUGACAAGAUCGGCAGCAUUAGUGAGGACAGCAUGACUGGGAAGCCAGUUGUUGAUGGGCGACCCUUGACUAGGGAGCUGAACGAGUUGAUACGGACCAGUGGAUUGAAUGACUGUACACCGCGAAGGAUUUACCAUACCUCCGUCGAUUACAUCACUUCGCUUUUAGCCUUGCAGUCAAUGCACCUAGAGCAACAGCGCAAUAGUGUGUAUGACUCCAAGGACUGUAGAGAGAAAUAUGCCUGCCGUCAGUUGAUGAAAGCCACCGCCCUGAAUUUCAUCCCCAAGGAAGACUGCGGCCCCUUUAAGCUGUUUUGCGAUGAUCUGUGCCCUGGAAAUGUUCUUGUAGAUGACUCGCUUCGGAUUGUGGGUGUUCUUGACUGGGAGUUUAGCUAUGCAGCUCCUUCUCAAUUUGCGGCAAGCAUUCCUUGGUGGUUACUCUUGCGGCGGCCCCAUUCACUUCUUAAUCAAUAUGGUCCUGACGCUUUCUUUGAAUCUUUUCUCCCGAAGGCAACUCUAUUCUUAGAGGUGCUGGAGGAACGAGAGCAAAUUCGGGGUUUGACUGGACAUGAUUGCCGCCUGUCAGUUCGGAUGCGACAAUCCAUUGAAGACAAAUCUGCAUGGUUCACACUUGCAUCGCAUAUGGUUGCUUCCGUUGAUCUUCUAUACUGGGAUUUACUCGAUGAAUAUUGCUGGGGACCGAGAUCAAGCAUAGCACAGAGAGUCCGUGCUAUUACAACAUCACCAGAAAUGCACAAACGACGAGAGGAUUUCGUUCAUUUAAAAAUCCAACAGCUUCAGGAAUACUACAACGAACUUGGGGUGGAUAAUAAUGUGAGCUAUGAGCCAGAGCCACCUCUCCAGCCGAUAGCUGAGCGUGACCCAGGUCCAAAGGUAUGA